AGGCAUAUAAAAUAGUCUAUCUGGGCACCAUUCGUCAGUAGUCUUGUUUCAUUCAAACGGUGUUAAUAGUCAUUAAAAUUAAAAUCAUGAAAGGAGUUGGUGCACUAGUGGUGCUCGCUACGUUCGCAGUAGCCGUCCAGGCGCUGGACAUUCCUCUUACCUGUCCGGAAAAGGAUGACAUCUUUAACCCGGUUCAUAUUCCACACUUUACCGACUGUACGAAAUUUUACAAGUGUUUCAACGGGAACAAGUAUGAGAUGAAUUGUCCCGAAGGUUUGCACUGGAACAUUGAGCAGGAUUACUGUGAUUUCCCGGAGCAGGCAAACUGUGAGCGACCGCUACAAAUCGAUCCGAUAAGUUUGGUUUAAGUAGUGCAAUAAAUCCUUUUUUGCAUUUU